AUGAAGAACUUCUUUACCAUCGCCAUUGCUGCACUCGUCUUCGACAGUGCAGUCGCAUCUCCUCUCAUUGUAGAGACGCGCCAGUCAGGAAGCGGCAACGGCCCCUUCGGCCCCGGCACUUUCAAGACAGACAGCUCCCUAGCUGGCCACACAAUCUACUACCCCACCAAGAGCACCGGCUCAACCAAGAUACCGGUACUCGUCUGGGGCAACGGCGCCUGCAGCACUGACGGAAAGUCUAACAGUGCGCUCCUCCAGCAGAUCGCCAGUCAUGGCUUUCUUGCCAUUUCUGAGGGCAGUCCCAAUGGCGGAGGUAGCUCCAGCGCUGCUACUAUGAAGGCAGCGAUUGACUGGGUCACAAAGGUCGCUGGUACAGGCGCCUAUGCCAACGUCGACGCUAGCAAGAUUAUGGCGGCGGGAUUCUCGUGUGGUGGUGUCCAGGCCAUGGACAACAUCAAUGAUCCUCGCGUCGACACCAUCGGUGUCGUCAGUUCGGGACUGCUCUCGAACACAAACGCAGCAAAGAGCUGGAAGAAGCCUGUUCUAUUUGUUAUGGGCGGUUCGGGAGAUAUUGCCUACAACAACGGCGAACGCGACUUCAAGAACCUCCCUGCUGGCACACCCUCAUGGAAGGGUAACAUUCCUGUCGGUCACGGCGGUACUCUGGGCGAUGCCAACGGCGGAAAGUUCGGAAAGGCCAUUCUCAACUGGAUGCUGUGGACAAUGAAGGGUGACCAAGCUGCGGCCCAGUACUUCACAAGUGGAUACCAGGCCGAUGGAUGGCAAGUACAGACGCACGACUUGAACCUACUCAAGCCGUUUUGAGGGUUGAUUGCUGUAUAGCAACUCUUACCAGAAACGUGCAUGUACAUAUUGUUGAGGAGCCAUUGUAAAUAAGAAUUAACGUCAAACCUUGAU